AAUCAGAACUCUCUUCCUCUUUGUGAGGAAAUAAAGAAAUUAGUAAAAUUUUAAAAAAAAGAAGAAAAGAAAGAAAAUGAAAUUCACAGACUCGCCUGUGAUCGAGCUGUCCGUGCGCGACACGCGCCUCUCAAUCCAGCAGGACAACGGCUCGAUGCACGUCGGCACCUCCGUCUGGCCUUGCUCUUUACUCCUCGUCAAGUUCGCUGAGCGGUGGGACCCGCUGAGAUGCGCCGCUGACAACCCCUACGCCGACCUCUUAAACUUCGCCAGCAAGCGGGCGAUCGAGCUUGGCGCCGGCUGCGGGGCCGCCGCCAUGGGGCUCUACUUGCUUGGCCUCCAUGACGUGGUUCUGACCGAUAUAGCUCCCGUCAUGCCGGCGUUGAAGCACAAUCUGAAGCGCAACAAACCAGCGUUGAAGAAAACCCUAAAGACUGCGCAGUUGUACUGGGGGAACGAGGAGCAGGUGAAAUCGCUGAAGCCGCCGUUCGAUUUCGUGAUUGCGACGGAUGUGGUGUACCUGGAAGAGACGGUGGCUCCGUUGAUUAAAGCGAUGGAGAGGUUGGUGGCGGAUGACGGCGUCGUACUGUUGGGCUAUCAAUUGAGGUCGCCGGAGGCGCAUAAGUUGUUCUGGGAAAUGUGUCCGGAAGUGUUUGAGGUGCAGAGGAUUCCGCACGAGCAUUUGCAUCCGGAGUAUGCAUACGAGGAGACCGACGUCUAUGUUUUCAGGAAGAAGAAGAAGGAGGGGGAGCAGAAUUCUUGACGGGUUUAAAGUUGUGUUGGUAAACAAAUGACUCCUAGGCCAACUGCAUAUAAAACUGCAGCAUGCCCGGCCUGUCUUUUGCCAUUGGAUCCGGGAGCUCGCAUUGAUCCUCCACCAUCAUAUGGCAAGAUGACCUGGUGUAGUUUACAUGCUAUGUUGUAUUGUGGUGCAUCAAAUCCACUGUAUGAUGACCCUCUUGUAUGG